AUGAUAUUCUAUAUACGCGAAUACGUACGUAUGCAUACUCAGUUUGUAGAUCUCACAAGGGGAGAAGUAUUGAACCGUUACUACUACAGCAAACAAGUGCGCGAACGUGUUUGCCACCUCUAUUUCGACGAGAAUUACACGCAAGCGCAAAUAGCUGAAGCUUUCGGGCAUAGACCUUGCGAGAGGACUGUGCAUGCUAUCAUACAGUCCUACGUGGCGAAUGGCGAUGUCCUGCCGCUUAGAGGACAAACAGGAACACGCAAACCAUGCAAGUUUGAUGAGAUCGCUGCACAGACGCUGGUGGAGCUGGUGCAGGCCGACGACCAAGCAUUGCUCUCCGAUCUGGCCACCGCUAUGACAAACUUACUGGGCACUCUUUGGAGCGGCCCUGAUAUUAGCCGUGCAUUGUCUGAGCUGGGUUAUGUCCGCAAGAAGGUUUUAACCAGGGCAUUCGAGGCACGGGAAUCAGCUCAGCUGGCAUAUCGUGAGCUUGUGUGACAAUAUGUUCAAAUGGCCCAGAAGCCUCCCACUCUGUAACAGUUUAAUUCAA